UAAAAAAGAACAUUUUAUCUCUCUCACUCUCUCUCUCUCUCUCUCUCAUAAAAUUGAAACUCAAUAUUCCGAUCACCUACUUCAGCUCUCCUUCGUGAAUGUCAUAACUGUUUACGUUUUCAAUUUGAUUUAUUGCUGCUGCGGAGCUUCCAAUCUGCUCACAAGCAUCUCAUUUUCGGUUGGUGAAUAUGAAUACUCAGCUCGUGGAGAUUCAGCCUCGUGAACUUAAAUUCAAAUGUGAGGUGAAGAAACAGAGCACAUGUUCUGUUCACCUUCUGAAUGCCACUGACCAGUAUGUAGCUUUCAAGGUAAAAACUACCUCGCCAAAGAAGUACUGCGUUAGGCCUAAUAUCGGUAUAAUCAAGCCAAAGUCGAAUUAUGAUUUCACAGUGACCAUGCAAGCCCAGAAAUCGGUCCCCUCAGACAUGCAAUGCAAAGAUAAAUUCCUAAUUCAGAGCACUGUGGUACCAUAUGGCACAAGUGAGGAAGAGAUUACCUCUAGCAUGUUCGCUAAACAAACUCAAAAGUACAUCGAAGAGACCAAGCUCAGGGUUAUUCUUACUAGUGCGCCGAGUUCUCCUGAAAAGCAACAAGCUACAGUACUUUCACAGCAAGAGCCCUCUAAUGAUUUUUUUAUGCCGAAAGAUCACUAUUCACCUGAUUUUAUGCCUGUUAAUGGAGUUGCCAAGCAAGAACCACAUUAUGAGGCUCCAAUUCCAAAAGAACACCAUUCACCUGUUUUGCUGCCUGUUAAUGGAAUUAACAAGCAAGAACCGCAUUAUGAGGCUCCGAUUCUGGAAGAUACUUUGCAGAAUGUAGUCGCGGAUUCCCUUCUUCCUGACCUGCCACAAACCAAGCCAGUAAAGGCUGUCGAUUUUGCCAAAAACAUGGAAGAGUCUAGAUCGGUAAAGGUCAUGGAGAGUGAGAAGCCAAUUCCUGCCAAGGAUGAUAACUCAAAGCAAGUGGAAGAUCUAGAAGCAGUGAAAUUGAAGCUUACAAAAGAGAUCGAAGAAUUGAGAUCAACAAUCAGUGCCAUGGACUCGAAGCUGAUUGAGGCAGAGUACACUAUUGAGAAGCUAAAGGUAGAAAAGAGCAACACCAUCCGUGAAAAGGAAACUUUGAAGCAAGACCUGGCAAUGUCGAAUCCAAAGAGUGCUGUGAGAAAAGUCCAAGUUGGGUUCCCCCCGUUGUUCGUCUGCAUGGUCGCUCUCAUCAGUUUGAUAAUCGGGAGUAUGUUUCGAGGUUAGUGCAGAGAACGUCGCUGGAUUUUGUUUUAACAAUAGGACAGAUCUAGUGGCUGGUUUUUUAACAAGCCACCACCGUGUACUAUGCUUGUCGAUAGCUUCACUUGAAACCUCUGAUCCAUCUACGCGUGUGAAAAGAACUGAUUAUAUCGAAUAAAGAAGAAAUAUUCUAGGAUUUUUAGUUUUCAGUAAUAAACUAAACAUGGAUUGUUUAAAGAAGUUUGGUUUAUUUUCCA